UAACAAGUGUCUUUGCUAAGGAAGUAGCUUACCACACUCUUGUUUCCUUCAAAGCAAAGCCAUGGACAAAAAUAAUAACUAUUUUUAGGCUCAAAAUCCUCCCAUACUUCACAUUCUAAUCAGCAAAACAAACACAAUCUCAAAACAAUGUUGCAAUCCACAUUUGAGCUGAUCGGCCUGGCAGCCUCCAAUUCCCACGUGAUUUUCUGCCUAUUCAACCUCAUCAUCGCUGUCGUCGUCAUCAGCAGCUCAAAGUCGAAUGAACAAACCCGUAAAUUCAUCGUGGAUGAGACGAAGACGAAGAUGGUGAAGGGUAAUGGUGCACUGGUUGAGGCAGCAUUGGCAGACGAAGACGACGAAGAUGAAGAUUUGAAGAUGAGAGUGGAAGAAUUCAUUCAGAAAAUGAACAAGGGAUGGAGAAAUGACAGAACGUUGAGUUAUCCAAGUAUUUUCUCGUGGUGCUCGGAUACUUGAUGGUGCUUUUAUG